AUGGGAACCACAGGAACCAUAAGAACCAUAGGAAGCACAGGAACCACAGGAACCAUGGGAACCAUAGGAACCACAGGAACCAUAGGAACCACAGGAACCAUAGGAACCAUAGGAACCACAGGAACCAUAGGAACCACAGGAACCAUAGGAACCACAGGAACCAUAGGAACCACAGGAACCAUAAUAACCAUAGGAACCAUAGUAACCACAGGAACGAUAGGAACCACAGGAACCAUAGGAACCAUAGGAACCAUAGGAACCACAGGAACCAUAAUAACCAUAGGAACCAUAGGAACCACAGGAACCAUAGGAACCAUAGGAACCAUAGGAACCACAGGAACCACAUGA